AGAGAAUCAGAAACUCUCCAACCAUUUUUAGUGCAAGAAAACAGAGAGCCAUGGGAGACGACGCAGUGACGAUAUCGAACAGAGGGCUGGAGAGACUUUCCAAGAAUCCACACAGUCGACUUGAAGGGUUGACCAUAGACGGACUCAGGAUUGUGGAGUCUCGCAAAGGGUUCAUCCGCUGUCACUUCACCGUCCCCAAUCGCAUUUCCGACGGAGAUGGGAACUGGCACGUCGGAGCGAUGGCGAUGAUGAUCGACGUUGUGGGUGCGGCUGCCAUCUUCUCAUUGGUCGGACAGGUCAAAGUUUCCGUUGAUUUCACCAUCUCUUUCAUUUCCUCUGCCAAAUCCCAGGAAGAGAUAGAGUUAGAGGCGAAGGUUGUUGGAGAGAAGGGAAAACUGGCUUCAGUGGUGACAGAGGUUCGAAGGAGAAGUAAUGGAGAGCUCAUUGCCUUGGGGAAGCAAUGGAUGAUGGCUGGCCUUGCUGAACAUGUUGGUAAAGUAAGUAAACUUUGAUUGUCAGAAUCAUUAGAGAGAAAACCUCUUGCCCGGUAACCGGAGUAAACAUGGUGACUGAUGAAUUGUUAAUGGCAUAUUCAUGGUGAUUAUUGUUUACGCAUCAUCACCAUCUUUUACUUUUUUGGAUCGAUAAAAUCAGACCAUCAUCACCUUUCUACAGCUUACUACCACAUUUGGUUUGCCUAAUUUGUGCCCUUCGGGUUUUGAUAAAAUCAUAAUUUUCUUAAAAGAAGUUUUUAUGGAUACACCAAUUACGAGCAACAUUACAGGUUGCACAAACAAAGUCAUGGAGUAGUUUUUAAUGACUUGGGCCACGGAUCGAGGCUUGACAAAUUGGGCUCCGAUCACACCGUUGAAUGUGCUUACGGUUGAAUGUGAUUGUAGUUAUAGCGUUUAAAUAGUUAGUUGGUUAUCAGUUUUAAUUGAAAAAUAUAGAUAACUGAAAACUAAUAAUUUUUAAUGGUUUAGACUCAAUAAUUUGAUUUUAGUCGGUUAUCGGUUUUAAUUAAAAAUUAUAGAUAACGAUUAACUAAUAAUUGAUAAAUUAUUAG